ACCAGCAUCAUGUUGGGAACGGGAACAGAUGAUACAAUAGCAUUUAUCAGGUCAAUUUAACCAUAACUCGGUGGAAAUCUGCCGUUGACAGGAUCUGUAGCGCAGCCUGAGGAGAAAUUUAACUGAUUAAUAAGGCAGACGGACACUGAUUCUGCUGAGUGUAUCCUUGUCACUGAUUUCGUCUUUCUGAAGAGCGAUUUCCGACCAUACGGCUCAGUGAAUAAUCCUCCUGAAGAUGGAGUUUGGGGAAAGGAAGAGGAGAAGGAAGUCACAGAGCUUUAAACUGGUCACGGAUGAAGAUUAUGAACCGUCAUAUAUGGUGAAUUCCAGCUGUAAAGAUGCCAACGGAGAGCCUAAGGAUGCUGCUGUGCCUGAUGUAGUUUGGCUGGGGGAUGAGGGCAUGGAGAUCAAGAGACAAAUCACAGGCAUGAUGAGGCUUCUGAGUGAUAAGACCAGCAGGGUAUAUCAGCGUGUGGGAACAGAGCAGGACACCUUAACAAAGGAGUCCCAGGAGAGGCACCUGGCAUGGGUACAUCAGCCUGUACCUUUGUCUCUUGUAUCAGAGGACCACCAGAGCAACAGCUGGAACUCUGCAGGGGACCCAGGGCCUUCUCCUUCAUCCGUAUCCACCCCCAUCCCCAACGGUCCAGGCUGUGGCCAGUACAGCACCCGCUCCAAAGCCCUGAGGAUCCUCAACAGCACAAAGCAUUUAAUCAAAGUGAAUGAAGCUAACGCAGAUGUAGUACCCCCUGCUGUGCCAGAAGCCGCCUGCUGUAUGUGUAACUGUAAGGGCACCUUGCAAGCUAUUUUGCAGGAGCUACGUGCCAUGAGGAGAAUGAUGCAGACUCAAAAAGCAUCCUUGGAAAGGCAGGAGCAGACAGCCUCACCAUGCCAAACUCGCCUCGGUCCAGGACCUGCUCCUCGUCGCAGGCCCCGCAAAAGGAGGCCAAUCUAUAAAGUGGCACCACUGACUGUGUCUAGCACUAGAAGGGCUGCUCUUACCCCUCUGGAGGCAUCACCACCUAUAGUCGCACCUGCGGAAUCUGGAAAGAGGGAGGUAUCUGAAAAAGAGAAAGACUCAUCUACAGCCAAAAAUCACCCCGUCUCCUCUGAGGUCUCUGUGCUGCCACCUCAGAACAAUCCAGUAACUGUCAACAACACGCACAGUCCUCUCCUGAACCAGAUAAGGGAACCACAGUCAUUGGAGUCUGAGGUGCGUCUCGCUGAGGAUUAUGACGUGUUUAUCUCAAGGGCUCAGUUAGACUCCAUUCUCGUCAACUAUACACGCUCUGGGAGCCUGCUGUUCCGGAAACUGGUGUGUGCCUUCUUUGAUGAUGCUACCCUGGCCAACUCCUUACCAAAUGGUAAAAGAAAGAGAGGACUCAAUGAUAACAGGAAGGGCUUGGAUCAGAAUAUUGUGGGUGCUAUUAAAGUGUUUACAGAGAAAUACUGCACUGAACACAGAAUAGAGAAGUUGCCUGGGCCACGAGACUGGGUGCAGAUCCUUCAAGAUCAGAUCAAACUUGCCAGGAGGAGGCUGAAAAGAGAUGCUGCAGAAGCAGAAGAAGCCUUAAAUGGACCUUCUACAAGUAGGAAUCACACACAGGGGCAGCUAACACACACACACACACACACACACACACACACACACACACACUAUUGUACCCAUUUAUUCAGUUGUCUACUUUUGUCUUCCUGUGUCUGCACCUUUCCCCUCACAUCAGUGCUCCCAUUUUACAACAUCUUUCCAUCAGCCCCCCUCUGAGCCCACAAUGUCUUUACCUCUCUCCACCUCGCUGUCACAACACACACACACAAACUGGCUUGCUUAUUGGCUCAUAUGUCUUUGUCACGCUGCCGCUGUGACAUUUGACAUUCUCACGCAGCUUCCCAAAAUGUCAGCUAAUUAUCUUCACACCAUGCACCAUAUCCUCUCUUUCACCUCUCCAUUCCAACCUCGAUGUCAGAAAAGCAUUUCUCUUCCUGCUGUCUCUUUUUUUUUCUUUCAAGGAAGGCUAUGAGACCUAUGAGACAAAAGCCACCAAAUGUGUAAACACAGUUGUCUUUAUGUUCUCACAAAAAAUGCAUUGAGGCUUUUUUGGUGAUGUUAUUAUUAUUUUUUUAUUACAUUUUCUUCCUUCCUUUAUAGGCUGCGACUAUAAGAAGCCUGCAAGUGUGGAGGGGACAGUGAUGAACAUGACUGGUUGAUUGAAGGACCUGCCACCAUGGCCUUAGAGCAGAUUAGUUGAUUGUCUUCAUUACCUCUCUAACUUGAUGCAUUUAGCCACUUUAGAUAUUUCCUUUGCUGCUAUGUGUUAUGAAUGUAAAGGGAACAAAAUAGGACCAAAUGAAGAAGCCUGCUUAAUGAUAUCCGCUCUCUUGCUCUCUCUCUCAAACUCUCACACACACUCUGCCUUUUGUAAUCCUUAAGGCUUUUCAUUUGACAUAUAUGAAACCACUUGGAUCUGGGAUUUGUGACAGCAGACAAUGAACUAUACAGUGGUUAAGCAAUGUCAGGUCAUUUUCAUGUUCAGAAGUUUACAUUAUAGGCGACAGCUUUAAAAGCACAAUUGCCUAGUUCAAAUAUGUCAUUACUAGGAGGAGUCACAAGCCUAAAACGAGACAAAGUACUGUAACAGUAUAGCAUUCAUAUAUUUUGCACAAAUUACAUGUUAUGGGAAGUUUCCCAUUGUGGAUUGUGCCUUUUAAGUGACCAGUACUUCAAUGGGUGUAAUGUGCAGUGCCGCAUCCGCCUCUUUUCCAAACAUUAAAGUAAACAUUUGAUGUAUUUUUGGCCAAUUUUUCUAAUUAAAAAUGGGUUGAUAGGCUGACUGAAAAAUAAUAAUAAUAAAAAAAUACAGUAAUCUAUCAAUAAUGUUUCUUUUCAUGAUUAGAAUCUCUAGGCUAUGCAUAUCAGUGAUAUUGUUGUGAAUAUUGUGAUGGAAUUGAUGGAAAUACAUAAUUUUUCUUUCAUUUCUGCUCACAGUGCAUAUAAAAUGAAUAGUUGUUUCCAUCAUUAAAUAUGGUU